CUUCUACAAAGGUCUCACCCCACUUUGGGCCAGACAGGUUCCCUACACUAUGAUGAAAUUUGCUAGUUUUGAAAGAACUGUCGAAUACAUCUAUAAAACUGUCGGAAAACCCAAGGAAGAUUAUAAUAAGCUUGAACAAUUGGGUGUUUCUUUCCUCGGUGGAUACAUCGCUGGUGUAUUUUGUGCUAUUGUCAGUCAUCCUGCUGACACCAUGGUAUCAAAGCUGAAUAAUAUCAAGAAAGCUGAGGGAGAAUCAACCGCCGCUCUGUCCAUGAAGAUUCUUAAAGACCUUGGUCCCCUUGGAAUUUGGCGAGGUCUUGGUACUCGUGUCAUUAUGAUCGGUACACUGACUGCCUUGCAAUGGCUCAUCUAUGAUUACGUUAAAGUGUUCUCAGGAUUACCAACAACCGGAUCAGAGAAAAAAAAUCAAGUUGGAUUUAGGGGUGUUCGAAAGUCUGGGCAUUACUUGGCUGAAGCUCAGGAUGACAUCCAUUGGAUCCUUCUGUCUCACGGGUUAGAAUUAAAUGAUGCGGUCGAUGAAGUUCUUGAAACUUUAGAAUCCGAAUUAUAUUUUUGGUAA